GAGGCCAUCCGCACGGUGACCGCGGCCCUCAAGGAGCUCUACCGCGCCAAGCUGCUCCCGCUGGAGGAGCACUACCGCUUCGGGGCCUUCCACUCGCCGGCGCUGGAGGACGCGGACUUCGACGGCAAGCCCAUGGUGCUGGUGGCCGGCCAGUAUAGCACCGGCAAGACCAGCUUCAUCCAGUACCUGCUGGAGCAGGAGGUGCCCGGCUCGCGCGUGGGGCCCGAGCCCACCACCGACUGCUUCGUGGCCGUCAUGCACGGCGACGCCGAGGGCACCGUGCCUGGCAACGCGCUGGUGGUCGACCCCGACAAGCCCUUCCGCAAGCUCAACCCCUUCGGGAACACCUUCCUCAACAG